AUGGACGCAAAGACUACUCCGGCGCUCACCGAUUGCAUUGCCGGUACGAUGCCCAGUCAGCCCCACCACUUCCUCGCCUGUACUCCUCGAGACGCCACUGCGAUCACCUGUAUGCAUGAGAACAAGUGCGACACGUUGGCACAACCACCACUGUGGGACGCAGCACCGUCGCCAAGCUGCUGUACCGUCCUCUCGCAUGCAUCGGAAGGACCAACAGCGUGGCCGUCCUGUGGUCAGCCCGUAGGGCUCCAUGCACUUGAGUAUUCUUCCAAGCCACCGUCGAAUGCCUGGCAUACGUCUGAUGGGAUUGUCCCUGCUCGGCGGUCGAGCCGUGUUGCUCACCUUCGCGAGCAGUUCAAACCAAUGGCCACGGCGUUUCAAAAUGUGCCGUACGUCGGAUGA